CUCCCUUAGGUCGCGGGUGUCGAACACUGGCGUGAAGUCACCGAGCCGCGUUGGCGCAGAGACGGCCGAACCGAGCGGCCGGAGACACUCGCGAAAUAGCGAGAAAGAAGGAGGAUUAGGGAAGGUCACGGCGACGUCGUCGAGUGGCGCGUUGGAAAAACGUCCCAAGGACCGCACAAGGACGGCGGCGGGUCGACCUCCAGGUGGCAGCGCCGAAGCUAAGGACGGCGACGAGACUGAGUCCAAAGGCUCAUCGCCAGCGACGUCUCGGAAAAAGCAGUCGUCGCACGUGAGCAAAAUUGAAAAGCCCGAUCAUCAAGAACGCAAGAGUCCCUAUGUGACAGGAGGCACGUCUCACAAGACGUCGAAAUCUCGGCCACAAAAAAUUGCUGUUUCAGAGAAGGAGAAUGCGCAACCUCCAACACCGACCACCACCGUAUCAAAAAAGUCGCGGACGGUCACAAGACAGGAAACUUAUUCCGCGGAACAGUUGCAGCAGGUGAGUAACCUUAACGUCCGUACCUUCUCAACUUAAUUGGCGUCUGUAUUGCACGUUCGCAAACAACGCUACCGCUCAGUAUUUUGUGCGACGUUUGCUUGCUUUAUGAACAUGUGUGACUGCGCUAAUUACAUGCACGCUUAGGUUAUCGUAGCGGCUUGUUUCUUUUUGUCUUGGAACUGGAGCGGACGUUCGCAGGCUGGCUCGAGGGAACCGGCGAGGGCCGUGGAAGUUGCCAUGGAAACUGAGCAGGGAAUCGACGAUGCACGAGCUUCAUCGUCUCAUUCCGCAGAAAAGGUUAUCCCUGAGUCCUCAAAGUCAGAAACGUCCAGGACGAGGCAUUCUUCAGUCGCAGAUGACGGGUACAGUUACGACGACGAUUUCGAGGAUUACGAAUCCGACUUUGAAAAUGACGACGCAGUGGACGACGAAAGUAGUGCGAGCAGCGCCCUCAGUGACAGCAGCAGUGACGUCAGUGACAGCACCCCCGCAAACGGAAACGAUGAAGUGACGUCAAGCGAAGGUCCCCUGCUACCGACGAAUGAUAAACUGACAACGCAGGAGUACAGUGAAGUCAACUCAGAGAAACUAAAACAGCAGUCCCACUGGAAAUCCGAGCCGGUUCUCGAUGUGGAUGCGAAACCGCCUGCUCCGCUAAUGCCAACUUCCUUCUCGACGUACAGUCUGGUCAGCUAUCUGACGGCUCAGAAGAAAGAAGAGGACAAGAAAGUGCUCAGCAAAGCGCAACAGCGGGCUAAGGACGUCCUGGAGAUGGUCUCCCUGGAUACCAUGACGUACCAGGUGUUCGACGUCCCGCCUGUCACCUAUGACGUGUACAUCUCGACAUUCGGCCGGGCCGACGCCAAACAGGUGCUGAUCCAAACCGAACUCGGCGAUGAGGAAGAGUGCCAAACAGACAACAUCGAGCUCGAGGAGAAAUGGACUCAGCAGCCUCCUCACGACUACAAGGGCUUUGGCGGAGGAAACGGAACGCCCAUUGGUGGCGACGCUCGGCGCUUGCAGAGUGGCGAAGACGUGAUGAACCUGUUGGACUUUCUGAAGAACUCGUCCGACCUCAUGCUUCGCGUUAUUGAUGAAGACCUAGCCUGUAAAACGCGGCGAAACCUCAAGCGAGCAUCCGAGGUGGACGGCUUCAGCGGCGGCUUCUUGAGGCUGGAUCCCCUCACUUUUGCCAAAGGCUCUCCGAUCAACUUCGUUCGCUUUUCACGACCGUGUCCAAACUACCUGGUCACAGGCCACGACCUCUCAUCCACGCCGGAUGAAAUGCGAGCUCCUGGCGCCACGGUCCUUUGCGUCUGGAACCUCAACAGUCCUUCGACGCCGACGGACGUGCUCGUCUCAAACUGCCAGGUGACGUGUUGCGACUGGUCUCCUCUGGAUGCGGUGUCCCUGGUCACAGGCUCGCUGGACGGUUCGGUCGAGUUGUGGGACCUCAGGGACAAGUUCUGCCUUUCCAAGAACGUUGUGAUCGACGAAGGCUGCCCACAAUGUCAAGAGUACAGCAUGAAGAUGCCAGCGUACUCUACAGCAUCCCUCUUCGACAAGGACUGCCACUUUGCCAAAAUCGUGGACGUCUGCUGCCACCAAACGUGCGGUAGUUCCGACGUUGUCAAACAGCACCGGGCUACGCAAAGUACGUCCGAAGGCGGCUACAACGUCUGGAGCCUGGACGAAGAAGGCACGCUGGUCUCGUGGGCGGUGGCCGCCGUCAAGAGCGAGCCGGAGGGAUCCCUCUCGGACCUCGGGCUCGCGCCUGGGGCCGCGCUCAGACUCGUGCGGGCCGCGGUGUUCCGGGUGCCGCACUUCCUGCCGCCGUCGUACGAGGAAGCACGAGAAGGGCUGAGGACCUUCGGGGUGGCCAGGCUCGGCGACACGCGCCUUCUGGUCACCACGGACAUUGGAGUGGUCGUUCACUUGGAUCUUUACAAGGCGAGAACAUCACCUAAGGUGUUCAGUCCAAAGAAAAAGCCUUGGGCUGCUCAGGAGUGCUGUAUCUCAUUGUCUCCUCAUCACCCAUCAUUUUUUCUCGUGGCGAGCAGAAAUGGCGCUCUGAGACUGCAUUCUCUCGAGUACGAGCAAGCCGUGUGGGAGUGGACCCCGCUGGAGAGGACGGAGCUUGGAGCGCUUAUUUGGAGCCCGUGUGCUCCAACGCAGUUCUACGUCACCACGGCGGCCGGAGAGGUGACCACCUGGGACCUGUCGAUGAAGCGCGACGGCCCCACAGGGGUCGCCAGGUUUCCGUCUUCCAGGGUGUUGGCGAUGGAUGCGGACGGCGCAUUGACGUCCAGGACGUUGGAGCGUUGCUUGGCAUUGGCCAUGGACGACGGCGUAGCGCAGGUGCAUCUCAUGGGGCCCGCAGACGACAGCCACCGGCUCAGCCGCGAGCAGAUACGAGAGAAGCUACUCGGCCUGUAGAAAUUAAUAAACGUGCACGUAUAUUUGCAUCUCCGACGCACACUGUGUUAUAUGUUGAGGCUGUCGGAUGUGGUCGAGGGUUCGACGACAGUUCACUUAAUGAGGCCUCGUGAUGAGGUUAAAAUGAAGUAGACAUAAAGCACGCACCGCUUUCCCGUGCCCCCGCCCAAACGUAUAUUAAAUUACGCAAAAAAAAAGCUUUUUAGGCAAGUUGGUACAAUGUGAUGUGCAGUGGAAACGAAAAAAAAAAGAAAGGUUAGCCCAAGUGACCGGCGAUCGGAGCGGCGGAAUUGCGAUAAGCCGUGCUACAGAUGACGACACACCGAUAGUAGACGCCCUCUUGCUGAUAGCAAGA